GGCCACGGAGGAGGAAGCUGCUGUCCUGGGGAGCAGGCGCGCAGCCUACCCGACCCUGCCUUCGCCGUCUGGGCUUCGGUGGUCUCUAAUGGGAAAUGAGGGGACUAAGCAAAGGUGGCCCUUGAGCCCCCCACCCCUCCCUAGUGCUCCGGGAGAGCCCCGGGCCUCAGACACCGGUGUGGGACCCUGGGCAAGUCACCGAACCCUGUUUGCCUCAGUUUCCUCUUUAAAAUGGGAAUAAUAGCAGCAUUUACCUCCCAGGUUGUGGUGAGAUCAGAUAGGUGAAUUUGUAAAGUGCACACUUCCUGGCACACAGUAGGCGCUCAGUCGAUGCUUAUUCCUCUCACCCCCUCCGACGUGGGCCGCUGUAAAGCCUCUACCUUUUUUGUGCCAUAGAUCCCCAGGUCAGCGCAUAAAAUCCAACACCUGGGAAGUAAAGGAAGCCAGUUAUGUUCAAUACAGUCAACGAAAUGGGCCCAUUUAAAAUUCCACGUCCAUAGGGCCUUCCCUGCGCUGAUGGUCCAUCCAGAUGGCCCCGCUGCCCUGAGGUCAAGCUCUCCGGACCUGGAACGCGGAGCUUCCUUUCCCAGGGACAUUGCAGGGAGGCCCCAAAGCACAGGACGCAAGGAAGCCGGCCUGUGGUGGAGAGAGCGCUGACCCCCCUUCCCCCACAUUGGAAGGGAACCCUGACUCCCCUAGGGCUCUGUUUGUUUCUCUGCUAGAUGAAGGGGUGAAACCAGAUGGUCUCACAGGGACUUUCCAGGUCCGGUGGACUUUGAUUGUAAGAAAACGAAGCUGGAUCUGGGAAAAAGCGAAUAGGAAACUGCAUUUCCAGUUCAAUUCCCCAAGCCUUUAUUGAAUGCCUGCUGUGUGUCAGGCACUUUACCGAGUGCUGGCAUACAAACACAAUGCGCCUGCCUUCCUGGCGGUGAAACAGCUGUCCACAAAUAGCAGACAGUCAUGGAGGGUGGAGAGGAGGAAGGCACACUGGCAAGGCUUGGGGGGAUGCAGGGCAUGGAAUGUGAGCUUGACCUUGAAGCAGCCUUGUUUCCCAAAGGAGCUGAAUUGCUCCCACCCACCCCAGGAAAUGGCCCUGGCCAUGCUGGAAAACUUGUUUGCAGCUAAGCCUACAUCUAGGAGUGAAAAACACCAUGUCUUCUCUUUCAAAGCCAAACAGCCGGCCUCCCUUGCUGCCUGACCACUGUGCCAGCAACCCUUGGUCUGGAAAGUAGCCACUGCUUAGGCCUCACCUUUCCAAGCGAGUUUCUUCUUACAGGCCAACAGGAGCUGUGGGGAAAACAAUGUGUAUGUGGUCGCAGCUCCUUAACCACAUUUUCUGAACUUUAAAUCUUCCCCCAUACAGCCUGGAUUCCUCUUUUUCCUAUAAUCCAGGAGAAUCCUGGUAAAGUUCUCAUUUUAGUCAUCUUAAGGUGAUCGUGAGCAGAGUCGUCUGUUCCAGCUUCAUGAGGAGCUGAUGCUACAGGCCCUGAGAGCCAGCCUCCGUACACCUAGAUGGAAGGUGACUGCAGCUUCUGUUGGCCUCCGACCUCUCCUGAGAGAAUGAAGUCUCUACUGUGAAGGAACAGGGUGGAAAAAAGUGUUUGGGCAUUUGUCUCAGGCCAAAAAAGGAAUGAUCCAGAAGCGUCUUACUAAACCUCUGGAACAACUACAGGGAGUUAUGGCACCCAUUUCCGAAGCCCUCGAACACGUCCACCUCAAACCAUCACAGCACCCAGUUGAGGCACCCAAUGUGAAGGAAGACUCAUUGAAGAGGACAAGCCAUUUUAAGUGUGUUUGCUACGGAAUUGGGAAGUUUGCUUCAUGUGUAAUAGCUUGCAGUCAACUAGCUUUUUUACUUCUCUUUCUGGAGAAGUUACAGGUAAGGACAAUAAGGGAUACUGGUAAAGGAAAUCAAAGGAAAUCAAAAUGGCUCUGUAGCGUCUCAUUUUUCUUUCUUGUGCAGAUUCCCAGAAGUCACUGCUAUAUAUUUGAUCCUCUCUUUAAUGAAGUUGAAAUUUCAGUUCUUAACACCCUCGGCCUGACUGUUCUCAGUGAGAAUGAGGAAGGAAAACGGAGUAUUUGUGAUGAACCCACCAUUUUUUACAUGAUCCACUGUGGAACGGCUUUGUAUAACAAUCUGUUAUGGAGUAACUGGUCAGUCACCUCCCUUUCUAAGAUGAUCAUCAUUGGAAAUAGUUUCAAAGGAAUUGAAGGAAAGUUAUUAACAAAGAUUCUGCAGAAAGAUUACCCCUAUGUGGCAAAGAUUUUAAAAGGAACAGAAGAGAUUGAAUUUCCUCAGACGUUGCACUACAUGGACAUAUUUAAUGAUACUGCCUUCCAUUGGUUUCCUUUACAAAAGCUGAAAGAGCUUCCCAGUGAAACGUGGACCAUCCAAGAAGAGCCACACUAUUCGAAAAGUGAGGAGCUGGAAAUCAUCAGGAGCCAGAGGAAGCAGACUCCGCCCUUCCUCGGACAGCAUUAAUUCCCUGUUACUGCAUGGUGGUCAGAAGCAAAGCCAGGAAGACCCGGGCUGCAGUCUGGCCUCAUCCUCGGGCUGAGGAACGCUGGCCAGGGUUAGAACCUCUCCAGAGGCCACACGUGGACUACGGAGUGUCUGCGUCACUGAGAAGCUAAAAGCAGCUGAUGCCUCGGAUGAUUUCAAAGAAUUCCUUGUUUCUCUUACCCAGAUGGACCCAGGCUGGGAGAAUUUAGAAAGAGGAACCAUAAGACAUGCCAAGUCUUCCCAAUUGGGAAGGUGUUGUUGAAAUUUUAUAAAUUGCUCUUAGAAAUAAAUGCUUAGCAUUUCCUUUAA